UCUGAUUCAAGGAAAGAUCUUUUUUUUUUUGCGAGUGAUUUAAGGGAAGAUCUGAACCUGGUUUUAUGGCACGGAUAUGUGUAGAUCGGGAGUAUAAAACCCUACCUAGCUACCUCGUUGUGUGUCACGAGGCGGAGGCGGAGCCGGCGGCCACCCCCGGUCGCUAUGCAUGACACGAAAAGGAGCCGCUGGCGUGCGCCGGUGUAGCUGCCAUCGCUCGCCGCACCGCCCUUUCUUGUUUCUUGAUUUUCUUCUAGCGUGCGUUGUUCCGUACGUUUCUUGAUUUUUCCCGUUCCCUAAGUUUCUUGGUUUGCUCUUCAAGCCCGGAUUUUCUUGAUUUGGGCAUGUUUUCCUCCCGGUCUUGGUAUAUUUCUGUGGUGGCUGUCCUGUGCAGGUACUUCGCACAUAUACAGAUCUUCUAGAGAUUGAGCCUCCAUUGAUCUGUUUCUUGGUUUUUUUUUUCUGUGGAAGUUCUUUUUGGAGAUAUAUAUGCGCCUACGUUCCGUGGGUUUCUUGAUAUACGUUCUUGUUUAUUCUUUUGCGUAUAUAUAUAUAUUUGCGUGAGUUCCUUGGGUUUUCUUUUCCAAUGGACCUCUUUGUUCUUGGUUUCUUUUUCAAGGAAAAGGUGUUUUUUAUAUGGUAUGAUUUUUUACGGUGUUUCUUGGUUGGGCUUUGAUUUGUGGCAAACUUUCUGUAUAGAUCUUGUAGAUGGGCCGCCAUUGAUCUUGUUUCUUGGUUUUUUCUGUGAAGUUCUUUAUGUGUGUGUGUAUGCGUAGUUGCGUAAGUUUAAUUUAUUUUUUUCCGACGGACCUCUUCGUUCUUGGUUUCUUUUACGGUGUUUCUUGGCUCGGCUUCGGUUUGUGGCAAACUUUCUUGGUAUAUAUCAUGCGGGGUUAGUUUCCUGCAGCUCGUUUGCACAGAAAUCUUCUAGACCGGCCUCGUUGGUACUUAAAUUCGAAAUACGUCCGUGAUAAAUUAGUUACUGCUCUGCCACUGAAGUUUGGUUACCGUAUCAUAUCAUCUGCUUUGAUAGUAUAUCUCUAUACAUCCAUGUAUGGUUGAGUUAGUGCUUAGUACUUUCAUCUUGUACUGGCGUAAUGUUUAUGGAAGUAGGGCUGAAUGACUUUUGGAUAAUACGUGUAUAUGACAACUGCUACUGAUCAAGGUACACGGCUUUAUGUGAUGUUCAUGAUGCAUUUGCGGGCUAAUAUUUUUACUCAAUGAUCAUGUCCAUUAUAUUUUCUUCUGCAGUUAGUGUCCUUCAUAACUAUGCGUCUGUCACAGUUAGAGCAUGUUCUUGUUUUGAAAUGCUGAAGGUCCAUGGUUUCUGUUACAUGUCACAGUAUGGAUUCCAUCAGUAACUGGAGAUUAGGUUAAUGUCGUUACGCAAAAUGGCUUGACACAACUGUACAUAUAUUAAUUAUCUAUUGCGAUAUUUAGUAUUUAAGUAGUGUAAGCACACAACUGUAUCCGCUAUUCGUUUUGGGAGGCUUUAUCGGCAGUAGUACUGAGUAGUGAACGGUCUAGUUUUUCUUCUCACUGCAUGCAAUUCACCGUAUUUGGAUGUCCUCCUUCUACUGCAAUUUUUGCUUUUGCCAAUUGCCAAUUGCUCUAUAUAUCAAAUAACAUUCUAUAUCUCACAGGGCCUAACAAUAUUUGGGUUUAUUUUGUUUUCCCUCAGAGGUCCUUGGAAAAUACUCGUCAGAAAUGGUUAAAAUUAACAGCCAAGCAGUGCAUUGUCAUUUCACUUAAUUACGCCCAAUUUCUUCAGCCAUCAGCCUACUUGAACGACCGUGCCUUCGACAAUCACCACCUUUAUUUCAUUGUGUUGACGGAACAGCAGUUCCUUGAGUUCGAGAUGUUCAAUAGGGUGAGAAAUCGUAUGUGGUUCGAAUAUCAAAGUUACUCGAAUCCAGCACAAGAAUCGGAAGGGGAUGAUCUGAUGGAACCUAAGAAGAAGAAUGUCGAUCCCAACUCCAGGAUUAAGGUCAAAAAUCAUGUGGUCACAGGGAAACAGCGGAGGCGCAACAGAUAUUUCAUCUGUCCGGAGUCAUUUCAGAGCAUCACCGGCACACCAUUGCCUAUGCCCAGAAUCAUGAUAUUGCAGUAUUUCAUGCUUCCAAAUAUGAACUCUGACCAAAGAAGAAUAACACUGGAGGCAGGGAAUGACCCACCUGUUCCUCGAGGGAUGACAAUGGCAAUGCCAUUGAUCAGGAAAUACCAACAAGCUCCCGAGCCAGCCAAUGUGCCGCAGCAUGGGGUUCCUCUUCAACAGCCACAUGAUUAUUUGGAGGAGAUGGGAAAAUGUGAUACAACUGAUGCAAAGAAUGCAGAGGAGAUGGCCUCCUUCUCCAGCAACAUCAUGCUCUUAAAGGAUUUACUCCUCAGCGUUCAUGAGAAUGUAACGAAGACACAGGAGAUGAUUGUGAACAACGUCUCAUCUUCUAAGGAAGGAGAUGGCUCCAAGAGGCUGAAUGAGAUGACAUGGACCAGGGAAGGCCCAGCACCUUCAGUGGUUCCAAGCCAUGUGCCACCUCCAAUUGUUCCAAGCUAUGUGCCACCGCAUAACCGUGAAAAGAACAGAGCUUCUGAUUCGGAGGCUUCAGCAAUCCAAACCUUGGACAAAGGUGAAACAUCUGAUGCAAAGAAUGAGGAGAUGACCUCCCUCUCCAGCGACGUCUUGGUUUUAAAGGACAUGAUCCUAAGCCUCCGUGAGAAUGUUAUGAAGAUGAACGAGAUGAUUGUGAACAAUGCCUCAUCUUCCAAGGACAACCAUGAGCCUGUGAUGUCCAUGAUCAGGGAACAUGUGGGUGCUCUGUCCAGGGCCUUCUUAUCUUUGAAGGUAUGUAGACCUCAGACACAUGGCAUGCCCCAACAUCAAUGGUGGCAGAUAGUUAACUAUAUUUGCAUUCCUUGCACGGAUCGUAAGCUUGGAAGAUGAUGGUUCAAGGGAAGCAUAUACUACUACCGCAGAUGAGUUUGAAUCUUGUCUCCCCAUGGUCUCUGUAAAAGAAAGGGUGGCAAUGCUUGAUGGCUCCAGCAGCUCUGCACCUUCGGAGCUUAUGAUGGUUAAGGACAAUACCGACUUUGCUAAGAACUUGGCGAUCAUCAACCAAGGGGUACCGCAUCUUAAGCAUAUGUUGGAGGCAAAAACAGGAGAAAAGAUGGAGUUGGCAAAAGCUGUGGCGGGAGCUGAAGGUGACAGAGCAAGAGAGGAGGAGCCAGUGGAGGAGCAAGAACCACAGCGGAGCUCCGGCUGGCCAGGGGAGUAUGCUGUCCAGGCAGGGCGCGUGACCGAUCCAAUUCCAGCCCCAAAAUGAGAGAUCAGGCGACCUGGUUGAAAACCCAAGACUUUAUUUGGAUCUGUUUGCUUAAGUAGUCCUAUGACUGCCUCUAUCCGUGCCUAGCCUAGACUUGAACUUAUCUGUCCUGUGACUCUAUCCGUGCCUAGCCUAGACUUGAACUUAUCUGUCCUGUGACUCUGUCCGUGCCUAGACUUCAACUUAUCAGUGCUUUGAACUAUCUGUCAGUUGGCUUUACCUGGAUUCAUCUGGCUUCCUUUUCUCAGUUUCUACUUUCUAGAUUG